AUGGAAGGACAGCCAGAUACAGAGCCGAGAAAUCAAGACCAGAUGGAUAGUGAAAAGGAACAUGCAGAGGAUGAGUGGAAGAGCUGGCAAAGAGGACAGGUUAGGAACACGCUGCACCUCGUGUCCGCGGCUGCUCAGUGGAUAUUACUGCUAGCCUGCUUGAUUUACCUUGGUAUAGAUUCUCUGCAACCCUCAACGGUAAGAAGCGACAAAGUGCUGUGGACCCACAUCCGGUACACAGGUCAAAGCAUCAAAGGAGUAGCUGUGAAUCUCACUGCUGAAAGGGGCUCUAUUCAGAUCAGAAAUGGUUCCAUCAUGAUCACCUGUGAUGGCCUCUACCUAGUGUCCUUGAAGGGUCGUAUCAUUUUCACUGACCUGGAAGAGAACCUGCUGAAGCUGACACUGUGGAAGACGUACAAGACGACCAGCGAGGUCCUGUGGGAGCAAACUGUCCGGGACAGCAGCAACACAGUAAAUCUAACCACAGUGCUCUUCUUGUUUGACCAGAAUAACGUCACCCUGCAGACCAGCUCCAACGUCACCAUCGCGGAUUUGACGUUUAGCCUGGUAUUACUAGGCCCCUUCGUUUGCUCUGUGUAG